CCAGGUCCUGGGGCAACGGAGGAGUAACAGCCCAGCUCAUGACAAGUCAUCGCUCAAGUCAUUCUCACCCUUUAGAUCACACUUAAUGCUGGACAAGUGUUAAAAUGAAUCAGCUGGGUAUAUAAAGUGUGUGAGCUGAGCAUUACAAAUGCCAAAGCAGUCUUUUCCUCAGCCCUCCUGCUUACUUUUCUGUUGAGGAUAAAAAUACAGCUGCCCUUUGCAGUUUCAACAUCCUUUUCCUUCAUUCUGAGCUUAUUUUCUAGGAAAUGGGUGAACAAAAUAAAAUAUUAUCCCGUCCCAUUUUCCGCCGAGAUGUCAACUGGGAACCUUUUCCAAACUGGACACAGCCGAGCCGCAUUUUUGCAGAGGAUUUUGGCCUCCCUCCUUUCUUGGAGCCUAGUGAUCUGGACUGGUUAACCUGGGCAAAGAGGAGACUGGGCUCUUUCUCGUGGCCUGGGUACACACAAACUCCCCUUCUUGCUCCAUUCAGUGGUCAGCAUCCUGGGGCGGUGAACACAAAGGGUCUGGGACAACAGACAAGUGGAGUGUCAGAGAUCCGAACAGGACAGGACAGCUGGAAGAUAAACCUGGACGUCAAUCACUUCUCGCCUGAGGAAAUUACAAUCACAACCAAGGAGGGUUAUUUGCAAAUAUCAGGAAAUCAUGAAGAAAGGCAGGAUGAGCAUGGAUCAGUGUCAAGGUGCUUCACUCGGAAAUACAAGCUCCCACAAGGGGUGGACCUACAGCACAUCAGUUCUUCGCUGUCUUGUGAUGGAGUCCUGUCCAUAGAGGCUCCCGCCCCUGGGACAUCCAUCAGUGACCCGAUCAAUGAAAUCGUCAUACCUGUUCAGAUCAGACAGACUCAGGACCGUGAGAAGUGAAAACCAAUAAACAGUAGCCCAGGUUGUGUGUAGCAGUCUGUUAAAAAAACUAGUCUGUUAAUCACUGUAACAAGUUUAUUUCCCUUUUUCUUUUUUGCAUUGUCACCAAUGUAGCACCAUGACACAAGAACUUCUAGUUUCAAAAUAAAAUACAGACUCAUAAACAUAACACAGAGCUUACUCUGAAAAUUAGGAAUUAUUUUGCUUGUCAACUCAAAAGGAUUAGCAUAACAACAUACCAGUUUUUUCAUGCACUUUGAAUGAUGUCAUUAUGUAAAAA